AUGGGGAAGAACGGCCUUCAGAAAUCUCUCCAAACCUAUCUGUCCAAGCUCAACAAGGUUCCGUCUCAUCUACACACUCCGAAUUCCCCAAAACCGGCCGCCGCCAGUUGGCUGCUGUCGGCGUGCAAGUAUCCCAGGACCCCUUCCUUCGCCGUCGACCGCGACCUCCCCGACCACAGCGCCCGCGAUCCCUCCGCCACCCUAUCCGACGACGACUGCUUCCAAUACGAGAAGUUCCACUCCCUCUACUCGCGCGAGGACGCGGGUGACGACUUCACCUCCGAGUCGCUGAGGUACGACGAGGACCCGGCCCCCACCGCGUUCCGCCCGACGGAGCGCUUCUUCGUAUCACCCGCCACGUCCAACUCCCUUCUCCGAGAUCCUAGACCAAGCGCCGCCGCCUCGUCUUCCUCGCCGUCGUGCUCCUUCUCCUCCUGUACGUCGGAUCCCAGGCCGGCGGUCCCGGGCGGCGGGGUGGCGGUAAUGACGUACUCCAAGGACCCCUACGACGACUUCCGGCGGUCCAUGCAGGACAUGGUGGAGGCGCGGCACCUGGACCCCAACCGGGCGUCGGACUGGGAUUUCAUGGAGGAGCUCCUCUUCUGCUACCUGGAACUCAACGACCGAAACGUGCACAAGGACAUCCUGAGGGCCUUCACUGAUGUCAUCGUCAGCGUCCGCCGGCGGGACAUGGCGUUGCGUCGAAGAGCACCGGGGGGGUAA